UAAAAGCAAUUAUUGAAUGCAUAAUUAUCUUGAAAUUAAAAGUUAUAUGGUAAUAUAUGUGCUAGUAUUGAAAAGAACUCAUUUUCUUCAGUAUACUUAUUCAGUCAUUUUGGUGCAUUGUUUAAGUGGCACGAUGGUGUAAAAUGUGUAUAACAAGAAAGUACGGGUUGCCAAGUGUCACAAACAAGCAUUUGUGCAUUUUGUUGGUUAGCAUUAUUUAUUACUGUUACGUGCCGACUAAAAGAAUCAUAAUAGUAACAAAUAUAAAGGAUAGGGAUGUCGUAGUACAUCACGAGAUUAUUAUGCUUCUUUCACAGGCUGUGAUACCGGUCUUGGUCACAUCUUGGCUAAACAAUUGGCAGCUGGAGGCUUCUUCGUCUACGCGGGGUGUCUAAAUGCCGCUGGAGAAGGGGCCAAAAUUCUUCGUGGAGUGGCCAACGUAACAGUGCUGCAAAUGGACGUUACGAAAGAUAAAGAUGUCGAGGCGGCAUUAGAAGCCGUGGAAAUGACCCUUGGCAAAAGAGAGCUAUGGGCUGUUGUGGCCAACGCCGGCGUUCCAAGUCUCGGCUACAUUGAGUGGCAGCCCAUGAGCCGCAUACAGCACGUGUUCGAAGUGAAUACCUUCGGCGUGAUCCGCGUCGCCAGGGCAUUCCUCCCGCUGAUGCGCAAGACUCCCGGCAGCAGACUCGUCGUCGUCACCAGUCUUCUAGGACGAAUGUCAAUGCCGGCCUCCAUGACCUACUGCAUGUCCAAGCACGCUUCUACAUCGCUGGCGGACUCCCUUCGCCGCCAGUACUACGACAGAGGAGUGCACGUGAGCACUGUGGAGCCGGGUGCAUACAGGACUCCCAUGGCCAACCACGACACUAUGGCGAAGACCCUGCGAAGUGACCUGAGUCUCCUGCCUGCAAGCGUGCGCAGCGUGAUCAGCGACCACUCCCUGGGGAGUCUGCGCAAGUCAUCGGACACUCUGUACGCGUCCAUCAUGCGGGACGAUUUGCAAGAGGCCGUGGACGUCAUGAAAUCGGCCGUGCGGGACCUCAUUCCCAAGGCCUACUACAGAGCUGGAGGGUUCAAGGACAUCCUCCUCCGCCGGUUGUACGAAGUGGCUCCGGCCGAAGUGACGGACGAAUUCGUCCACAUCAUCCGCAAGGUGGCGCGGGCUGCGCGGCGUAAGGCAUAGACAGAUGCAUUUCGCGGUGGUCAUGGUGGUCUGCCUGGUCUGUUUAGGUGCUUAAGGUUAUACUGCGCCUAUAAGGCAGCGAAGCCUAAAUACUAAACAAAUACCAUAUUACCUAGUACAGGCAGCUUUUCUCUUCGUUUCAGCAGUUCGGCCCUUGGUACGUCUUUUCAAGAUGAAGGAAGGUCAGGUUGCUGGACAAGGUGCUGAAAAGGCGCUGCAUGCAGUCCAGUGCGCGAGAAAUAUACUCAUAGAAUGCCCACAAUAUGGCCAACAGCGGUGUCGCCUGAGUGACCGUUCGAACGUUUUUGAAGAAAGCCCUAUAUCAGCGAGAAAACUGCUUGGACCAUGGCCGUGCCCUAAUAAACGCGAGCGGGCCGUCAGUGCUCUUCAUGACUUCUUAAUGAACAGCAAUCUCAAGAACGGCCUCUCUGUGCUGCGCCAUCUCUGGAUUGUGCGAGGGCCAGUCGAGUGCUAAGCAUUCCACAAGUAAUAUGCACGUUUUGAUGUGAGAUUCUGCAAGUGUUAUGUGGUGAUUGGUACAAAAAACUAGGUCAUGCUUUCCGGUGUUCGUGCCCGUGGUGACACUACUUACACGCUUGUGACUUCUGUUAUAGCGUGUGCGGUGCUCUUUGUGGGUUGUUUGUUUGUUUG